AACAAGCACACUCAAUCUUGACAGUUAUGGCGGGGCUGAGCAGCUCUCAGAUCCCCGACGGUGAGUUCACAGCGGUGGUGUACAGGCUCAUCCGCGACUCCCGCUACUCAGAGGCGGUGCAGCUACUGAGCGCAGAGCUGCAGAGGAGCCCCCGCAGCCGCGCAGGGCUGUCGCUGCUGGCCUACUGCUACUACCGCCUGCAGGAGUUCGAGCUCGCUGCGGAGUGCUAUGAGCAACUGAGCCAGAUGCAUCCGGAACUCGAGCAGUACCGCCUGUACCAGGCCCAGGCGCUCUACAAGGCCUGCCUGUAUCCAGAGGCCACCCGGGUCGCCUUCCUCCUGGACAACCCCUCCUUCUAUAGCCGGGUCCUUCGUCUGCAGGCUGCUAUCAAGUACAGUGAAGGGGAUCUCCCAGGAGCCAGGAGCUUGGUGGAGCAGCUGCUGAGUGGGGAAGCUGGAGAAGACAGUGGAGGGGAGAAUGACCCAGAUGGCUUGGUCAACAUGGGUUGUCUGCUCUACAAGGAGGGACACUAUGAAGCUGCCUGUUCCAAGUUCUUUGCAGCUUUGCAGGCUUCCGGUUACCAGCCCGAUGUAUCUUAUAACCUAGCUUUAGCUUGUUACAGCAACAGGCACUAUGCCCCAGCCCUGAAGCAUAUUGCCAAUAUCAUUGAGCGUGGCAUCCGUCAACACCCAGAACUAGGUGUGGGCAUGACCACCGAGGGCAUUGAUGUUCGCAGUGUUGGCAAUACGGUAGUUCUUCACCAGACUGCUCUGGUGGAAGCCUUCAACCUCAAGGCAGCCAUAGAGUACCAGCUGAGAAACUUUGAAGCAGCCCAGGAAGCCCUCACUGACAUGCCACCCAGAGCAGAGGAAGAGUUGGACCCCGUGACCCUGCACAACCAGGCUCUGAUGAACAUGGAUGCCAAGCCCACAGAGGGCUUUGAAAAGCUCCAGUUUCUGCUCCAGCAAAACCCCUUCCCCCCAGAGACCUUUGGCAACCUGCUGCUGCUUUACUGUAAAUAUGAGUAUUUCGACCUGGCAGCUGAUGUUCUAGCAGAAAACGCCCACUUGACUUACAAGUUCCUCACACCCUAUCUCUAUGACUUCUUGGAUGCCAUGAUCACUUGCCAGACAGCUCCUGAAGAGGCUUUCAUUAAACUUGAUGGGCUAGCAGGCAUGCUGACGGAGCAGCUCAGGAGACUCACUAAACAAGUUCAAGAAGCAAGGCAUAACAGAGACGAUGAAGUUGUCAUAAAAGCUGUAAACGAAUAUGACGAAACCCUUGAGAAGUAUAUCCCUGUACUGAUGGCCCAGGCCAAAAUCUACUGGAAUCUUGAGAAUUAUCAAAUGGUGGAGAAGAUCUUCCGCAAAUCUGUGGAAUUCUGUAAUGACCAUGAUGUGUGGAAGCUGAAUGUGGCCCAUGUCCUCUUCAUGCAGGAAAACAAGUACAAGGAGGCCAUUGGUUUCUAUGAGCCCAUUGUCAAGAAGAAUUAUGAUAACAUCCUGAGUGUCAGUGCUAUCGUGUUAGCUAACCUCUGUGUUUCCUACAUUAUGACAAGUCAAAAUGAGGAAGCUGAGGAGCUGAUGAGGAAGAUUGAGAAGGAGGAGGAACAACUCUCCUAUGGUGACCCGGACAAGAAAAUCUACCACCUUUGCAUUGUGAAUUUGGUGAUAGGAACCCUUUAUUGUGCCAAAGGAAACUAUGACUUUGGCAUCUCUCGGGUUAUCAAGAGCCUGGAGCCUUACCAUAAGAAGCUGGGAACUGAUACGUGGUAUUAUGCCAAAAGAUGCUUCCUGUCCUUACUGGAGAACAUGUCGAAGCACACAAUCAUGCUGAGGGACAGCGUCAUUCAAGAAUGUGUCCAGUUUCUAGAGCACUGCGAGAUUUUUGGCAGAAGCAUCCCUGCUGUUAUCGAACAGCCCUUGGAGGAGGAAAGAAUGCACACAGGGAAGAAUACGGUCACUUAUGAGUCCAGACAGCUGAAAGCUUUGAUUUACGAGAUCAUAGGGUGGAAUAUGUAAUUACUUGUAAAAGAAAAAGGUCAUUAGAAAGGCUUUUUUAGAGUCUAUGUUUCUCUUUUUUCUUUAUUUUCCAUCACUUUUUAUUUACUGUUUCUUUGUUUCUUGUUCAACUCUGUAUACUUAACACCAUGACAGCCUUUCCGCCUUGAUAGCCUUGGAAUAUGUAUUAAGCUCUGGCAUCUUGACUACGCGACACAGUCCACAGUUGCGGCCGUGACAUCUCUGCAGAAACGAAAGCACUGGGCAGCCAUUAGAGUUUCAGCUUUGUGUGUGAAGGGGACUAAGCACCUGUCAGUGACUGGUACACAGUCCUGCUGAAACUGCCUGUACAACAAACCAUCUCUCUGUUAGCAAAGAGAAACAGAAAGCAGACUUGGUGCUCUGGAUAGACUGUGCUACUCAAUAAACACUCUUAACCACA